GAUCCUCACAUGUCCUAGUGAUAUUUUGUUAGCCAAAAUUUCCAACGACCCUGUUGUACUGAUUAAGAAAUUAACCCUAAGCAGAAGAACCACCAGUGAUAGUCAGUUCACCACAAUGGCAGUUUAUGACGUUAUGCAGAACAUAAAGUAUUUAUGGGACAGAGCAGAUUUGACAGUAAGUGAUCGAUCAUUUCCUCUCCAUUAAUUUCUUUAUUUGGACUCCAUUUUGAACCUGCUCUCAAUUCGUCCAUAUCACACAUACGACGAUUGACUGAUUAAUACUAUUUAUAAUUAUUUUGUUUGAAACUGACCAUGAUUUUAAACGUAUUUUCAGAGAAGAUUAUUUUUAUAUUUUUCUCAUUGCCAUUCUGUUAGUCAAGGUGAACAAGAAAGAUCGUAGUAUAUAAUAAUAAACAAGAAGGCAAGCACCGAUGACUAAAUAAUUUAGAUAUGUUCUAUCAUUUCCAAUGGCGUACGGAUUGAGGUAAAUAAUGACGUUAGGAUUACCAUUAAUGCAGCAUUAGAUUUAUUUUUAAAAAAAAAUAUUCGUUUAAACAGCUAUACCAGAUGUUCUCAAAGUGGGAUAGCUCAAAGGGUGGGGAAUAUAUACGGCUUUUCAGGGUUUAGGGGGCACUGAAACCCCAAAAGUCGGUGCUGGGGAAGUGUAUAAAGAAUAUGAUUUUAAUGCACUUAUAUAUUUAAAAGAAUGAUCAAAUACUUUCUGAAAGCAGGAAUCAAGUAAGACUACCCUGUGAUAGAUAUUUAAUUGAUAUAAUCUUAGUUUCAUACAUAACUAGAGAAGAGAAAAUGAAUUGAAUUUCUUUUACCUUUCAAACAAUGUCCACAUAGCUAAGCAGCAGCGCUUUGAAAACAGUUUGUUGAUUCUAAUGGAAUUUAAAGAGUUGUUGCUAAAAUAGUCACGUGCAAAGUGUAAUGCCUCAUAUCAAAUAUUCAUGUGCCAAAUAUAAUGCCUCAUAUCAAAUCACCGAUGGUAACCGUUUGCAGGUACGCUGCUUUUUGUUCAUUUCUAAAUCAGUGUCAAAUCGUUGAAGAGUUCAUCAUUCCAGCAUAUAGCGAGUUUAUGAGCCCCCGUUCAUAGAUACAAAUAUUCGCAAUUCUCAGACUUGUAAUAAAACAUAUAUUCCUUAUUCUCAGCCAUCUUUCAUUACAACUGAAUUAAAGUGAUCAACAUUUAAUACAAUUGAUAUUUCUUCUUUGUCAUGUAUGUGUUGUAACAGAUGAAAUAUCAGAUCGAACGCUGCUAUUUACUAAACAUAUAGAGAAAGUUGUGUCAACAUUUCUUAUUGUUGAGAUACUCUUUCAUUAAAUGAAGAAAAUUACAUUGAGUAACACAGAACGGCAACUGAGUGAUGGCCGUCAGUGACUAAUUACAACAGAGGUUAGGUGCUUAUUUGUAAUAUAUAGGGAAACAAAUGGCUGAGACAUUAAUAUCGACAACAUCUCAAUGCCAGAAAGCUCCGUCAUCAACUCAGAAGUCAAUACUUUAACAAAAUGUUUCAUUUAUAUUUAAAAAAUCAUGCUAUAUGUUACUUUUUAAAAAAUAAUUUCAUAUUAUUUGCGACAAUUUAUAGCCAGCCAAUUGAUGGCCGUCUCAAUGCAUAAACUUUAAAUCUACUUAAGUUGAUUGAAGAAAGCAUGCAUUUGAGUAAUGCACUCUUUAAUAUGACAAAUAAUGCUCCCUCCCCCCACCCCCGGGUCGGCAUUUUCACCCCCUACACCACUGAACUAUAUAGUUAGUUCAAUGUCCAACCCCCAUUUAAGACCGCAGAUAUAUUACACCAUAUUUAAAUUGAGAUUGUUUCCGUAAGACAAAAGAAAAUAUUACACAUCAAGCCGCAAAGCGGUAUUUUCAAGUAUCUCUUUUAGCGACGUUAUCGGAAUUUUUUAUUUUGUGCGCUGUUGAACUGACCAUUACAACAUCAGGAAGUGAAUAAAAAUGACAUGCAGAUAGAAGAGAGCUCGCACGAGGAUAAAUGGAUGUUGCUGGUGAUCUACUGAUCAUGGAGGCUUUUAUUGUAAUCGGGGGUGGGAAAGUGAACAAAGUGUCAGCGAAGAUGGACAGCAGGAAGUGGGUCGAAACUGAAAUGCAAGAUUCCACCACAAACAAACAAAGAAACAGAGAGAGAGUGAACAAAUAAAAAGACUUAAAUUGGAAUAGGCAAACGUAAUUUGGGGUUUACCUCAGGCAAGGUAGGCCCAUGUGGAUGGGGGUUUGACUCAGGCAAGGUAGGCCCAUGUGGAUGGGGGUUUAACCCAGGCAAGGUAGGCUCAUGUGGAUGGGUGUUUGACUCAGGCAAGGUAGGCCCAUGUGGAUGGGGGUUUGACUCAGGCAAGGUAGGCCCAUGUGGAUGGGGGUUUAACCCAGGUAAGGUAGGCCCAUGUGAAUGGGGGUUUGACUCAGGCAAGGUAGGCCCAUGUGGAUGGAGGUUUGACUCAGGCAAUGUAGGCGCAUUUGGAUGGUGGUUUAACUCAGGCAAAGUAGNGAAGGUUCGCCCUCAGUAUCUGUGUAAUUUGAAAUAUUUAACUGAAGGUUCGCCCUCAGUAUCUGUGUAAUUUGAAAUAUUUAACUGAAGGUUCGCCCUCAGUAUCUGUGUAAUUUGAAAUAUUUAACUGAAGGUUCGCCCUCAGUAUCUGUGUAAUUUGAAAUAUUUAACUGAAGGUUCGCCCUCAGUAUCUGUGUAAUUUGAAAUAUUUAACUGAAGGUUCGCCCUCAGUAUCUGUGUAAUUUGAAAUAUUUAACUGAAGGUUCGCCCUCAGUAUCUGUGUAAUUUGAAAUAUUUAACUGAAGGUUCGCCCUCAGUAUCUGUGUAAUUUGAAAUAUUUAACUGAAGGUUCGCCCUCAGUAUCUGUGUAAUUUGAAAUAUUUAACUGAAGGUUCGCCCUCAGUAUCUGUGUAAUUUGAAAUAUUUAACUGAAGGUUCGCCCUCAGUAUCUGUGUAAUUUGAAAUAUUUAACUGAAGGUUCGCCCUCAGUAUCUGUGUAAUUUGAAAUAUUUAACUGAAGGUUCGCCCUCAGUAUCUGUGUAAUUUGAAAUAUUUAACUGAAGGUUCGCCCUCAGUAUCUGUGUAAUUUGAAAUAUUUAACUGAAGGUUCGCCCUCAGUAUCUGUGUAAUUUGAAAUAUUUAACUGAAGGUUCGCUCUCAGUAUCUGUGUAAUUUGAAAUAUUUAACUGAAGGUUCGCCCUCAGUAUCUGUGUAAUUUGAAAUAUUUAACUGAAGGUUCGCUCUCAGUAUCUGUGUAAUUUGAAAUAUUUAACUGAAGGUUUGCUCUCAGUAUCUGUGUAAUUUGAAAUAUUUAACUGAAGGUUCACCCUCAGUAUCUGUGUAAUUUGAAAUAUUUAACUGAAGGUUCGCCCUCAGUAUCUGUGUAAUUUGAAAUAUUUAACUGAAUAUUCAUCUCAAUAAAAGACAUCUAUAAUUGCAAAAAAUAAAAUGGAAAUAAAAAAUUCUAUCAUAGAUUUUGUAAAAUGUUCAUUAAUUCUAAACUUUGUCUUCUCCAGGAACCCAUGGUGCACUCAGGUACGUGGGUUAUCAAUCACAACUACACGUCGGGACUCCAAAUAACCAUCAAACAAGCAACAACUGGGGACACAGGGAUGUACUGGUGCCAGGGUUAUUUGACUUUA